AUGACUUCCUCAUUAACAGAGGCUAUCUCCGAAACCGCUGAACAUAUUCACGAGAAACUCGUACCUCAUUCAUUAUACAGUCCCGCCAGUGAUCGAGCGACAGUUCAAGAAGCAUUAAGCACUGAAGAACCUGCACCUCCUGUACAAGUUCUCAAUGCUCCAGCUUCAGAACAACAUCGGGAGCCAUUGAAGCUUAGCGGUGUUCUCGACCGCUUCGAAAGUUUCGACGUCACUCCAGUCAUCGGUCGUGAAUACGUUGAUGUUAAUCUUGCUGGAUGGCUCAAAGCUCCCAAUUCGGAUGAAUUACUUCGGAAUCUAGCAAUCACAAUAUUCUUUCGUAAACAAGACGAUGUAACCAAUGAUCUUCAAAAGGAGCUCGUACAACGUCUCUCUCGGCGAGCUUUCGGGCAAGCCUUCAAGCUACACAUCCAUCCCGUCUCCAACUCCGGUCGAGAGUUCGGCGGAAAAGACGAUGAAAUAAAUGAUACACUCUGGGCUUCUGGAUAUGAAGUAUACGAUCGUAUCUCAAGACUUGUUCAGAAGUUUCUGGAGACAUUGACUGCUACAUAUGCGCAGCCUGGAUUUAAAGAAGCGGCUGAUAAAAAUGGAUUUAAGCUUUAUUCGGCCGAACGAGGUGCACCAGAGAAUGUGGGCGAGAAAUUGGAAGCUGUCCAUCCAGUUGUGAGGACAAAUCCGGUUACUGGUGUAUGUGAUGUUCUCUCUUCCAAAUUUAGUGGGACAAAACUAAUAUCAUUGACUCAAGUGGAAAUCGAUUUUCGCACUUGGCCAUCAGUUUCUCACAUAAAUGAUCCCACGGCUGUGGAAAGUGAUGCUUUGCUGGCAUGGUUCUUGAGACUUGUGGUUGAUAACCAUGACCUCCAAUACCACGUCGCUACUCCUGAUUAUAUAAAUCAAGGUUUGGGUGAGAGGGCCGGUCAAAGAGCUAUGAUUUUGGGCGAGGGACCGUAUUUUGAUACAGAGAGUACGGGAAGAAGAGAAGGGCUGGAAAAGGUUCAAUGA